UACAUUAUGGGGUCUUAGGUGACUCCUUCACUGCGUUGCAAACUUCUGACUGAAAUUAUAAAACCCUCUGCGAGGGUAUAAGAACUAAUCGUUUGGCUGAUCCGCUUAUAAUGUUUUGAUAGGGGUAAGAGUUUAAUUGCUAGGUUGAGAGCACAAACAUUACAUAUUUUGGGGGCGUAUUGGGUCUGUCGCCCACCCAAUUACCCAAUCCCAUCAUUAACCAUGGCCAGGUGGCAUUUCCUUGGGCUGAAAACAGUAAUUAAGCAAUAAGGAGCUCCUUUGGGGGAAUAUAAAAGAAAGGUCCCCCUGGGAAGACUGGAGAAGUCAUGUAUCCGCGAUUCCUAGACCGCAACUAUCCGCUGGCGAAGCAUCUGUUCUUCGUGACCAGGUACUCCUUCGGCCUGCUGGGCCUGCGGUUCGGCCGCAAGAUGACCUGGCUGCAUCUCUCCUGGCUGCUGUUCAACUUCCUCAACCUGGCGCACUGCUGCCAGGCGGAGUUCGUCUUCGGCUGGAGCCACCUGCGCAGCAGUCCGGUGGACGCGAUGGACGCCUUCUGCCCGCUGGCCUGUAGCUUCACCACGCUCUUCAAGCUCGGCUGGAUGUGGUGGCGCCGCCAGGAGGUUGCCGCCCUGAUGGACCGCAUCCGGCUGCUGAUCGAGCAGCAGGAGGGCAGGCGCGACCCCCGCAGGGACUCCGCGCAGAGGAGCUACUACGUGAUGGUCACCCGGUGCGGCAUGCUGGUCUUCACCCUGGGCAGCAUCACCACCGGGGCCUUCGUCCUGCGAUCCCUGUGGGAGAUGUACGCCCGCCGGCGGCAGGAGUUCAAGUUCGACAUGCCCUUCCGCAUGCUUUUCCCCGAUUUCGCCCACCGAAUGCCCUGGUUCCCGGUCUUCUACCUCUACUCCACCUGGAGUGGCCAGGUCACCGUCUACGCCUUUGCCGGGACCGAUGGCUUCUUCUUCGGCUUCACCCUCUACAUGGCCUUCCUGCUCCGGGCCCUGAGGUUCGACGUUCAGGAUGCUCUGAGGCCAGUGGAGGAUCCCUCAGCCGGAGAGAGCGAGCGGUGUUGUCAGCGCCUGGCGGAGAUUGUGGAUCGCCACAACGAAGUGGAGGAGAUCGUCCAGGUGUUCUCCGGCAUCAUGGCAGCCCCCACUUUCGUGCACUUUGUGUCGGCCAGCUUGGUGAUAGCCACCAGUGUGAUUGACAUACUGCUGUACUCCGGCUACAACAUCAUCCGCUACGUGGUGUACACCUUCACUGUGUCCUCGGCCAUAUUCCUCUACUGCUACGGAGGCACCGAAAUGUCCACUGAGAGUCUUUCCUUGGGGGAGGCUGCCUACAGCAGCGCCUGGUACAAGUGGGAUCGAGAGACCCGGCGGCGGGCGCUCCUCAUCAUCCUGCGAGCUCAACGGCCCAUCAUGGUGAGGGUGCCCUUCUUCGCGCCUUCGUUGCCAGUUUUCACAUCGGUCAUCAAGUUUACAGGUUCCAUCGUGGCCCUGGCCAAAACUAUAUUGUAAAAGCGGCAAAUCGAAGCACAAAUAU